AUGCCAAGUUCAUCAGACAAUAAUAUUCGAUCCACACAAAAUUCUCGUAUUGUACGCGUUCGUGAUUUACCAGUCUAUUGUGAUCCAAAAAAUGAUGAUAUUUAUCGUUAUGUUCCACGAAUAGAUGAUGAUGAAAGAAAACCAACAAAUAACAAUCAUUGGCUUUAUGCAUCUAUUAGUCAAACAAGACAAUCAUUACAACAAAUAUGGAACGACAAUAAGGAUUUACGUUUACGAAUUGCUCGUGGAUUGGAAACAGGUGAAGCUCAUACUAAAGCUACAAUUGAUUAUAUUCGUGAUGAUCAAACAUUGUUACCAAAAGUUGGUGUCGUAACAAUUGCUGGUCUUGGUGGUUUUCUUUUUGGUCACAAAGGUGGUCCUAUACGAAAAACACUUUAUUCAUCUGUUGCUAUAGCUGUUGCACUUAGUGCUUGUUAUCCAAAACAAUCAGCGAAUUUAUUUGAUCAAGUUUAUAUUAGGAUUAAAAAUGAAUCAAAAAAUUUUUUUGAUAAAACGACUUCAAAUCCAUUAUCAAAAUCUAUCGACAAUAAAGAUCAUAUUUUGCAUACAGGAAAAACUGCAAAUGAAUCAAGUGUUGCAAUUAAACAUGAUUAUGAACAAGGUACAUCAGUUGAUCAACAUUUAUUUAAAACACGUGAUAAUGUUAGUCCAACAUCGUUGGGCACAGAAAAAAAAUUUUAA